UAGUAACAAGAUGCAACAAGUGCUAUUGGUAACAAGUGCAUGGCUACGAACGUAGCAAGAGGCUACUAACAGUUACCGUUUCGUGGUUUCCUAUCGAACGGUCAAAGGAGAUGUAAAAGGGGCCCUGGUGCGAUGGCGCGCUUGGCGAAGGUCUGGGCUGAGUCGGCCUUCAUGCAAGGGCGAAGACCACAGCAGGAGGAUCGUCAUGUGAAGAUUCUGGACUUCACCAAGGCAGCACGCAGUUUGCAGCUGCCCAUUGAUCAUCUCCCACAGCCGUGUUCCUUCAUGGCCAUUUACGACGGGCACCGAGGACCAGUGUGCGCAGACUUCGUGGCCAAGAAUCUGCACUUGAAGCUCUUGAAGCAUCUCAGCGCAAAGGCCACAGAUAUCGCGUCGGCCAUGAGAACGGCCUGUGAGGAGCUGGAUGAGGAGUUCCUGCAGCGGCACCGGACCUGUUUGGAUGGCUGCACUGUGGUGCUGGCACUCCUGACGGGUGAAGAACUACAUUUGGCAUGGCUCGGUGAUUCCCGAGCGCUCCUCUCAGACACUGAGAAGCCACAUGCGGUCUGCGUGACGCAGGACCAUCGACCCUCUGUGCCCUAUGAGGCGGAGAGGGUGAAGCGCGCCGGCGGCAUGGUGGUGAAGUGGGAUGGAACCCAACGCGUAGCGAAAGCUGACUAUGAAGAGAAGAUGAGAGAGUUGCGGAGAGCCAAGGCCCAAGGCUUGGGCACCAUCGGCCAGCCGCCGGUGGCGCUGGCCGUGAGCCGUGCAAUGGGGGACCGAGACUUCAAAGAGGCUGGAGGCGGCCGAGCACUUCUCAUCGCGCGACCCAGUGUGAACAGCUUUCGCCUGAAGCGUUCCAUGCGCUUCUUGGCGCUGAUGUGCGACGGGAUCACCGACGUUUUGUCCAAUGACGAGGUGGUGAUGGAACUCAACUUCCGGAGGGAGAAGGAUCCAGCCGCGAACGCCCGAAAAGCUUGCGGUGAUCUGGUGCAGAAGGCAUAUGCUCGCGGGAGCCAAGACAACUUGACCGUGAUCAUGGUCUGCUUCGACUGGGAGGGUCCAGAAGUUGAGGAGCCCAUCGGCCCAGCAGCUAAGAAGCAGCGAAGGGACUGAGGAGUGUUGUGGAGACCGCCCGAACGUUGACACGACGUCCGCCGGACGAUACACGAUGGAGGUGAACAUGAUGGAGGCAGACUGACGGCGACUGUGUGGUCAUGCGCCGUCCGUGUGGUCCAAAUCGAUCCCGACGACAGAUGGAGAUUUUCGACCCUGCCCGAAGGUUGGGUCCUGUUCGAUAGUCCAAUACCGGUGCUCUACGCAGAGUGGAGGAUGCAGCCGC